UCAUGAUGGAGUAUUCAUUCGCCCGAUUGUGAAAAAAGGAAAAAACCGAAAGUAUUAGAAGAUCAAUCUGAAGUUUAAUUUUGUGUUUUCCGAUAAUGGAUAAUUUCGUUUCCUGUUUAGCAACGUGAAGCUAUGUCUCUGCGUUAGUCAGAAAUAUCAAUUUUUUCACACCACUGGCUAUGGCCAACUUAAAUUUUCAACAACCUCCACGGAGUAUAGCGAAUCAAGGAUUGUCGAGAAGCGGAUUUACCUCUAAUUCCAUAUCAGGUCAUGUCACGCCUACCUCCGGCAUGUUUCCUGGUUCAACUAGUUCCUUCACUCCUCAGCAACAGCUCUCUCCCAACCGGAACUUACCCCCAAUCGUCAAUAGGAACACGCUUUUUAGUAGUCAGCGAGCAUUUCAAGACAGGCGACCGAUGCCAGGACUAACAUCAGCAAUGCAAGAAUGGAACUCAAACACUAUGGGAAAUUUUGCAAUGCCUCCGCAUAGGUCUUACGGAGGCAGUCAAAGCGGACUCAGCAAUUUUCACUCUGUGUUUGGCGGAAGUGGUGGUAGUGGAGGAGGAGAUUCAAGCACGCCGCCGCUGCUAGACCUCUCGGAAUUUCCGUCCCUCACGAGUAGAGGUCAAGGAGAUACGAUGCCGCAACCAACGCCAAUGCCUGGCAAACAACCGUACGUUGGAAUGGUGAAGCAGCCAGCUAAUGACUCCAGCGAAUUUACCAUGAGCAAUGAAGAUUUCCCUGCUUUACCUGGUACCCAAACGAACACUUCGACGAGUGUAGGUGGAUCUGCUUCAAACGAUAGUACUCCUGAGAAAUCAACGCAGGAUGGGUCUGGACAGCCAUCGGAGGUGCAUGUCAACAAUAAUCGAGUUGCUGCAUCAAAUUCAAUUAAUGACAAACAAUCAUCGCACAGUAGAGGCAUUCAAACAUCACCAGAUGGUAAAGUGACGAACAUCCCUGCAAGUAUGGUCAAAGAUCAGUUUGGUAUGGUAGGACUUCUAACAUUCAUUAGAGCAGCUGAAUCGGAUCCAAAUUUGGUGUCUUUAGCAUUAGGUCAAGAUCUAACAGCCCUUGGUCUCAAUUUAAAUUCUCCUGAAAACCUGUUUCCCAGUUUUGGUGGUCCCUGGGCGGAAACGCCUUGUAGACCGCAAGAUGUGGACUUCCAUGUUCCUCCGGAAUAUCUAAUCAAUUUCAAUAUCAGAGAUAAGUUGGCCCAAAUCAAAUUAUCGCGGUACAAAGAUGAUCUUCUGUUCUAUAUUUUCUACACAAACCCAGGUGAUGUUUUGCAGAUAUACGCUGCCAUGGAACUCUAUGCAAGGGAGUGGAGGUAUCAUAUGGAAGAAAAGCUUUGGAUAACGCAAGCUCCUGGUGUGGUCGCAACGGAGAAAACGUCAACUUAUGAAAGAGGUACUUACUAUUUCUUCGACCCUCAGAAUUGGAGGAAAGUUCCGAAAGAGUUCCAUCUUGACUACAGUAAACUCGAACCUCGACCAAACCUGCCUCCCUCUUAUCUGCAUACGGUGUACUCCUGAUAACAGCUGGCUUUGGAUUCGACGUUUCCCUUUCAAAACCUGGCACAUUCAAUUGCAGUUGAUUGCAAUUGAUGUGAGGUGCAAUUGCAGGAGAAAAUUGAAAUUUCUGUUGCAACUGAGUUCGUGUCUCAAUCUUUGUUUUAUUUAAAACUAAUGUAUGUACUUCAUCUGGUUGUAUGUAUCAUAUUAGUUUUACCUAUCUUUUUAAAAAGAUUUCUGUAGAUUAUUA